AUGCUUAGCGCCAACAUCGGCGAUGGCGCUCAGAUCUCGGUCGCCGCAGGCAUCACCAUAGGAUUAAUAGCGUCUUUCGUGCAGUCACUCGGCCUCACGAUCCAGCGCAAGAGCCAUGUCGUGAACCAGUCGCUGCCGGAAGACCAACAACGUGUAGAACAUCGCAGACCGCUGUGGCUUCUUGGAUUCGCGAUCUUCAUAUCGUCCAAUAUCCUUGGCUCCAUAUUCCAGAUUGCCGCACUCCCUGUCGUCAUCCUGGGGCCGUUAGGCGCGGUUUCUCUACUAUGGAACGCGUUCUUCGCCCGGGUGCUCUUGGGUGACGUCUUCUCGCCGUACAUGGUGCUCGGGACCCUCUUCAUCGCCGGCGGAGCGGUGCUCAUCGCACUAUUCGGGAUCGUACCGGAGCCGAAUCAUACGCUCGACGAUCUUCUGGCGCUAUUGCGACGGCCUCCGUUCGUGGCAUACUUCUCAAUCCUGCUGGCGGUCGUGGUGGUUUCAUUGAUAGUGACCCAUAUCGUCGAAUACUCGUUGGCCCGGCAACCUAUCGGGCUGCCCCCGUCACCUCCGCUCUCACCUACUGCGCCGACUCAACGCAACUCAUUGAUGACGCAUAGCGACCUGACAACUGAGCGCACCCCCCUGCUCAUGCGGAAACAUUCCUCGCCCGAGUCCGUGACGUCGGAUCUCGCGCUCGCGACCAAACCCAGCGGCCGGGCGCUCUUCGUAGCUGUCUCUUACGCCUCGUUCUCAGGGAUUCUCUCCGGGAUGUGUUUGAUAUUCGCCAAGAGCGGCGUGGAGCUCCUCAUGCUUACCAUCGGGGGCAAGAACCAGUUUUGGAGAUGGGAAGCGUGGGUCUUGCUCCUCGGCCUGGUCGUCUUCGCCUUGCUGCAACUUUGGUACCUGCACAAGAGUCUUGUUCUAGCGGAUCCCACGCUGGUCUGUCCUCUGGCCUUCUGUUUCUACAACCUUUCAUCCAUCUUUAAUGGCUUGGUCUAUUUCGAUCAGUUCUCGCUUCUGUCGACUCGCAAUCUCCUACUAGUGAUACUCGGUAUCGCGGUCUUACUGGGGGGCGUUUGGGUGGUCAGUAUCCCCACGGACGCCGAUAGCGCGGGCGGGUUCGAUAUAGGGACGUGGCAAGAGGCGAUGGGUCCAGAACCCGAAGAAGACGAGGUCGAAGCGGGCGGAAUGGAAAGGGACCGUGUUCGACAGAGGCAACAGAGCAUCGGCAUGGAGCCGGUGUCGACGCCCGUGGACACCGUCUCGCCUUCAUCACCGCCGCUCGUGGACGUCGAUGACCCAUUCGGUCAUCCGCCGGCGCCGGCUUCGACAGGGGAGGCGCACUCGCGCCAUCCGUCCGGCCACGAGUCCCCGGGCUCGGAUGCAACCAUGUCCCCUGGCACGGCGCGGUCUCGGGGCUUAUACCACUAUCAAAGACGGAGGCCGACGGUGAUCGGGACGGGAGAAAGCCAGCCGUCUCGAAUGAUAUCGCCGCCGCUGUCGACGCACGGGCUGCCUCUUCCCGGAGGCGGGUUCUCGAUCGGGCUCUCGCCGGUGAGCCCCGGGUUCGCGCUUGUACCGAGGGGCAGGGACGGACGGCGGGUGAGUGGGCACGGGCAGCGCGGGUUCGCGGACGUCGUGCAAGCGGGGUUGCAACUGCGUCGGACGGCGAGCGAGGGGGACGUUGGACCAGAGGUGGGAGCGGGCGAUGCGGAGGGCGCGGAUCUGCUGAGCCAUGUCGAGGCCGGGUAUCCUUCGCCGCAGGCGGACGGGGGAAGGCGGGACGAAGCGGCGUCUCCCGCGCAGCGCCGGUGGAAGUGGCUCGGGAAGGUGCUGAGUCGAGCGCGGCGGUAA